AAACAAAUACAUCCCCUACCAGAGAAAGAGGGUUUUCUCUCCCCUAUUCUCUCCCUCAAUUAUUUUGUUUCAGGGUUGGCUCUGGAUCUUCUUUUGGCUGGAUUUGAUUGGAGGAGGAGGGGGGUUCUAGGGUUUUCUAGCAAUGGAACUCUGUGCCCUUCUGAUGGUAGUCGACGGUUAUGAGUUUUAGAUUUUCACCUCUCUCAUGGGUGUGCUUGUUUUGGUCGUUUGGAUGUUUUGAUAGGUUAGAUUUGGAUCUUUUGAGAAGUGCAACAUAUGUUUUUCCUAAAAAAUUAUCUUCCCUUUUAGGGUUUUGAGUUGGGAUUUGCAGUCUUCAAAAUUUUUUGGGUGGUUAGAUUUUGUCGUUUGGUCCGGUGCUACUUAUUUUCUUUGGCUGGAGCUAUGUUGGAGCAGUCAAUUGAAAUUUGAGGAGAAAAUCUUGUUGUUUUUGAUUUUUCCGCUUUGGCAAUUUUGUAUUUGCUUCAAGUGGUUUUUAUAUAUUCUGAACCUGGAUAGUUUCUUCGCAUUACAUCGGUUCUAGUUUCUUCGAUUUAGUAGUUUUUGUUACUAUGUAUCGUUGCCUUGGUUACGGGCAUUUAGGCUUUGUUUGCACUGAGACUUUGCUUGAUUAGGGGAGUAGUUUGUUGCAGAGGCUGCUAGCUCUAUACUGCAGGAGGUAAUGGAGAAGGAAAUGGUUGUUAUGGCAGGGAGUGAGAUAAAUCCCGAAGAUGGCUUAUAUACUGAAAUGGAAACUGAAGAUGAUGUAUUUGUUUGUCCUAAGCGUGAAAUUCAAGAUUUUGUGUCAGAACAAGGUGAGGGGAGUAAUGUAGUGUUUGCAAGAGAAGGUCCCCUUAUUAGUAAAGAGUCCAGAAUUUCUGCUAAUUGUGGUUGCAGUGUGAAGAAACUAAACUCCGGUGUAGUUGCUAUGGACUCCGAGAAGGAAACAACUGCAUAUGAGAAGAAACUUAGUAAACAGAGCAGGAUUGAGUUUGGUCAGUUGUUUCAGGGUGCAGUGAGUUCACAUGAUUGGGAACUUGCUGAAAAUUUGAUUUUGUUGGCAGAUCCACAGACCCUUAAUGAUGCAUUGUGCAUUACUUUAGACUCCAUCUGGUUCUUGAGCUCACAACAAGAGCUUCAUGGCAUAACAGAAUUGACUAAAAAGAUUAUUGCCAAUGGUGCAUAUGACUUCACAAGAGCUGCUCUUAGGACUUCAUUUCUUGCUUCAUGCGUCUCAGCAUGUCAAAGCCAAACAAUGAGUCUUGCGGACACAGUGACUGUAAUGGCUCAAAGGCUGCAUGAACGUCUCCACGAGUGCAAUGGAGAUGAGAUUUUGAAGGCAGAGGCUAGUGCCAAAGUUCAGAAGUUCACUGACUGGGCUCUGAAAUGCAUAGGUUUCCAUUCGCGUUGCCAAAGGAAUGGGGAUAGAGCGUGUCAGAACUCUUCUGUUGAGAUCCAACUCCAGUUAUCUGCAUUCAAGACAUUCCUAGAUCUUGCCGGCAAUCAACUUUCAGGGAAGGAUUUUACUGAGGCCUUUGAUGCGGCUUGCUUCCCCCUAACUCUCUUUUCUAGUUCAUUUGAUCCUGGUUGGGCAUCUGGAAUGUCAGCUACUGCAAUCCAGGGUCUUCUGGGCCUGCUGGUUGAAGGUGGUGCAGAUAAUGUCAAUCAGUGUUUCCUUGAAGCCUCACGCUUUGGGAGUACUGAACUUGUGCGCAUUUUAUUGCAGAUUGCGCAAAGGAACAGCUUGGACGUUGAUGUUGAUUUGGCCUUGGGAUUUGCUUCCCACUAUGGCAAGAUUGGCACAAUGGAAUGUCUCGUGGAGGAGGGUCAUGCGAUAGCAUUCUGGGGUCCCUUAAUGAGGGCAGCAGAGCGGGGUUGUAUUCAGGUAGUCCAGUGGUUUGUGAGAAGGGGUUGCCGAGACAUGGAACUCUGUCUUGCCCUCACUGCAGCCACUUCCAGUAGCCAAGUUGAGGUUGCUGCCUAUCUCCUCCCUCAUGUUCCUCAGCAUGUCCUUGCGGCCCUCAGCGUUGAGAUUCUCAAGGCUGCUGGUGAACGCAGUGGUGGGUUACUUGAAGGUGUGGCAUUUCUGCUCCGUUCUGAUUUCUUAGGUGAUCCUGUGGCUACUUGUGCUGUUGCAGACAGCAUUGCAAACUCUGAUGAUGAGGCUGUUGCCCCGGAGCUGAGGGCUUUUCUUCGGGAGCACUGGUCAGAGGCUGCUUUCUUGGAUGGACUAAAGCAAGGACAAGAACAUUAUAUGAACCUGAUGAGGAUUGUGGAUCGGGGUGGAUCUCCUAUAAGCCUGAGGGAUCUCCCAGGUCCUCUGAGAGUGGCAAUUGCUUACCUGCCGCUGUAUAGGGAAUGUGUUAAGGCAGGUGGUUGUUUGUUCCCGCAGAGGCUUAGGGGGCAGCUUGUUGAAGCGGUGAGAAGGCUUGGGGGAGGGAUUUUGGAAGAGGUAAGCCAAGGGAGGGAGCUCCUGGCUGUUUUGGAACAUUACCUACCUCCAUUUUUGGUCCACUCCUCGAGCGUCUGUUAAAAGGUUCUCCUUGUCAUCAAGUUAUGGAUUUUUGCUUUGCUGUACGCGUUAUCUCAUAUAUGCUACAUACAAUAAUAAUAAAAAAAAAACAUUCCAGCUAUGGUCAAGGUUAUCAAUAGUCUAAUACCGCAAAGAGAUGAUGGGAAUGUAUGUGGGCAAGUAUGAUAUCAAUGCAUGUUUUUGGGUUCCUUUUAUGGU